GGCACCGCACCCUGGGAGGUGUACGAGGAAAGCCAAGAUAUUGUAGAGCGGCAGACAGAUUUCGCCAAGUUGAAGCCAACCAGCGCCAGUGCCACGAAAUGCGACGCUCUCUGCGUCGCUUUGUCUUCCAGAAGCUAGCCCAGCCGCCCAUGCCCGCCUAGCACCAGCCAAGCGCUGAGCACACCAUCCAGUCUGGUCUCGCUUUGUAAGGCCGUUAGUCCCCGACUGCCAUGCAAAGGUAUUGAUAAGCACUGCAGAACACUUGUUAGCCUUUCUUGGAACCAGGCUGUCCUUCUAUGCUUCUAUGCAUCCACACUGACCGAGUGUUUCCGAACCAAUGCUGCUUCUGCGACGUACCGAAGACGGCCCCUUCGUGUUUCGUCGUCUUUCCUCGGAGGCCGUCUUAUUCCCAAUGUUUAAACCCAAGUUAAAGUGGUUCUACACGUAUUUCUUCUACAGCCCCAAUCCUAUCGGCAAGGCACGGGAUUGCGCUAACUCUCAGCUGAUGGAGGCCUGUAUCAAUAGAGGCUGGAAUACUUGAUUCUAAGAGGGCCAGCCUUGUGUGAACGCGAGCCAGACCCAGUUGAAUCCAUUUCUACCUAGAUUGAGAGGAUCCGCCGCCCCUAAUGAUUGGGGGCGCAUCGCAUUACUCGGUAUAGCAGUUCCAUUCUGCGCUGCGAUUUGUGGGUUUGGACGGCAAACAGGGAGGCCUAAUCUUCUUCGUUUGGGUUUGACAGCACGCUCAGCUUCGUACCCUGCCUGGUACACCCGCUCUGACCCGUGGCAGUGGGCGUUCCUUCACCAGCCUAUGGUGAACGUGGGGAAAUAGACCGUGGCCACCUCUAUUGAUAGUGCUGAUGGCAGGUGGAGUGCGGAUUCUUUGCAUUUUCGAGAAGCAUAGUUUAUUCGUGGCCUGUGCACGAUGAGACAGAAUGCAACCAUCUCCGACAAAACGAGACUUGUAAAUGCAAAGAUCACAAACCGUGGAUGAGUUUUCAUGUCCUCUGCCAAUAGCUAUACCCUGAUGGGGUUCGAUCUGGGCGCCGCGGCAGAUCUUCAAGACAGGAUUAUCACUGGAUGCCCACCGUUGUCGUCGGCCCCCUAUUUGGGGCGCUGAAAACCCACUUGAGCCACAAAUUAAGUGUCAUCUCGCGUUGAGAUCCAAGAUGCCAGGUCGUUGCCUGUUCGUUUUUUUUUCUUGCUUUUGGCAGGGUUGUCUGCCUGCCAGCUGGUAGCGUACUACUUGCCGGGCGUGCCAGCUGUGGCAAGUGUCAGGAUACAUCUUGCCAGCCGGCGAGUAGUCACAGAUUGCAGAUGGGUCACCUGCAAGGCGUACUACAAACCUUCUCCUCGUCGUCUCGCUUCUCGGACUUUUUGAUACUCAUGCAUGCAUCGGGCGCGCUCAACUCUCCAUCCGACGGAUCUGCCUGUUUUGCUUCCUCUUCGGGCAUGGCGUUGGCUGUGAAGGCUGCAGCACGCUCCCGCGUCAUCGUGAUCGUCAUCAGCAGCAUCAGUCGACUGGACGCUACUCUGGGAAAAUGAACCUCCGCAUUGGCUCGUCCACGGAAGUAAAACACCUGGCAUUUAUUUGGGUGCACUUGCCUACGGGUGCUUAGAUCCAGUCCGCGUGCGCGAGUCCGAAUGUGACAGAGGCGAACGGACAUGUAAGAUCUAAGACGACUUACCCACUGUCCCGACCUGAAUCCCGACGGCUGCCGGCGCUUGUAAGAACCCGAAGAACGCUCACACACAUACAAUCGAUUCUUCUGCUUACAGGAUCGCCGGCGCUAUGGUUGCCAGCCAUAGAUCGUAACACUGUCCGUUCGCCGUUCUGAGCCGUGCUAUCGUGGCGCCGUAUCCUGGACGCCACGAAAGGUGCCGACUUGUCCGAGCUGUCCUAUAGCCGGCCAUCGUUGGGUUUGUCGAGAGCCGGGCAAGGCAGACGCCUUGCUCCACCCGCAGGCCCUUGGUCAUCAUGCUUUUACAAAUCUCACUACAUUCAGACCCUGCCAUUGCGCUAUGUCUUUUGCCUGCCAGGAGGCCCUCCUCUCAAACACGCCAUCGGUGCUGACAAGCCGCGCGCGGCAAAGUUGGCCGCGCUAUACUCUAGCCUACUUUAGAGAUGCUCUCCGUUGACCAAAGGGGAAGGCAUUCCGUGUAAUCCAGAACGACCCUUUAUUAUUAUCAACAGAUGAACUUCACUAUAACGCCUGUCGUUCGUUGAGUUUGAUUAUAUGCCAAGCACUUUCCAGUCUUUACGCGUGUGCUAUAUCCUUCUUAGUUUUACUUUCUUUUUUUUUUGCCUACCUUCUGGAAACUAUUGUGCCGAACCUUGCAGCUACCUAGUCCGGCGCCACAACGACCAUGCAACCACAACAGCCACCCCAUACGUCUAAGCUUGACAAUAGGCCGCGAAUUCUUUGCCUCCAUGGAGGAGGUGUAAACUCUAAAAUUUUUGAAACACAAAGCCGUGUACUCAUUCGACAACUGCCGGACUUUCGCCUUUGCUUUGCUGAUGCGCCGUUUCUCAGCAGCGCCGGACCUGGUAUCUUGCCGAUUUAUCAAGAAUGGGGACCAUAUCGAAGCUGGCUUCGCUUGACCAGCAUCCACGCAGAAGGUCAAGACGAAGCCAUCAUCCGUCAAGUUCGAAGUUGUGUGGAGAGAUGCAAAACCAAUGAUGCUGGCACGGGCCCGUGGGUCGGGAUCUUGGGAUUUAGCCAAGGUGGUAAAGUCGCCGCCAGCAUUCUUUACGAUCAGCAAAUACGGCGUGAAAAGGACGGACCCGCUGUAGAAGAGGAUUUCAAAUUUGGUGUCAUCAUGGCCGCCAGAGCACCUUUGGUUAGCAUGUGUGAGUACAGCUUGAGCCCUGCCCUAGCGACGCCUACAACAGCAGCUAGUUCUGGUGGUUUCACACUACCCUCGCCGCAUAUUCUUCGAAUCCCGACCAUCCAUGUUCAUGGUCUUCAGGAUGAAGGUCUCCCUAUGCAUCGUCAGCUUGCCGCAGAAUACUGCAGCGAAGCCAGCCGGACUAUCAUCGAAUGGGAGGGAGACCAUACUAUACCUAUCAAGAUGGGCGAUACUACCAGGAUCGCUCAAAGCAUUUAUAAAGUUGCCCGCCAACAAGGCGUCUUGACCAUAUAGGUCCAACAAGUACUAAUUCGUCUGCACAAUAUACAUCAGGGGCGUUGAAUCAUACGGUUGCGAAUACUCGCGGUGGACUACCAUUCUUAAUCGCUAUCUCAGUAUUGGCAUUUAUGGAGUGACUGAAUGGGUAUUAUCCGAUAAAUAGGGCCAAAGUACUUUGUCCGAUCGCGUGCUAACUUGAAAUUUUUGUCGGUGAAUUAAGCCGUGCACAAAAGAAGCUCUUCCUCAGCACGUGGUGCCUGACGGACUGGAUGGGUACAUCUUAGGCAUCGCACUUUGCCCUGGGUGCCGCCCCUUACAGUUGUGGAUAGGUUCGCUGCGAGCGUUGGUGGCCAAAGAAAUAAACAUGUUCCUGAGAAUGGCAGAAAGACGGAAAUAGCACCCAUAUUCGGCACCUCAGGCCCUUGGCCAGCCACCCUAGGACACCCGGCCGUGGGCUUAGCUCGCGUAAGCAGACCUGUGACGGUAUACUUUGAUUGGUCAGAUCUCGUUCUAGCACCGUAUAGGCAAGUGUUAAGCUUGUUGCCCACUUGGUAAGCUAACGUGAGCAACGCAAAAAAGCUACUCUCUGGCAUCAUGUUAAUCCUGCCCGCUUGCCAAGAGCGAAACGGACCCGGACAAGGCCGAUUGUCAUCUUGAUCAGAGUUACAUAUCUUGGGGAAAACGCUGACAGGAAUGGAAAAUGGAGUCAGGUCGGUAGUAUGAUCUUUAGUGAUGGUCACCUCACCUCUGAGACAACCAACGUCGGCGCCAGUAGCAAGACGGAACGGAAAGGGGGGAACACGGUUCUGAGGUUUCGCCUGAGAGAAGAACGAGUGCCCGAAAGGCCCAACGAGGCCACAAUGCAGCCACACACUCCUUGCACCAAUACUCUACAUAUGCAGCCGUUUCGCCAUCGGUGGGGGUACAGCGUACCAGCAGGGAUGAUGUUGGGUGCGUGCUAGACUUUCCACGCUGUACGCCACCUUGUUGGGCUGAUCCAGGUUCGCUCGCUCCAUGUGUGAAUACACGAGUCUUGAUGGAAAAAUUCUGAUCAGGACAUGUGCUGAUCGGCUGAAAUAAUUGGCCUCUGUCCCACUAACAUCACGGCCCGGUCAAUCAAUCCACUUGGUCCAAGAUUCACACACCCUUUCUGGCUGGACGGCGUUUUAGACCCUGUUCUACGGAAGUGCAGGUUUCUCCUGCAGGUCAACUUCGAUUCCUUCCGCGCGUAGUGGAGGUUUCUUUCAGCUCGGCCCCGCCUACUAUCAUGAACCCAGCGCCUACUAACGUAUGGACGAUUGCUCCUAAGAAAGCCACACC